UUGAGUCAUCCGGUCUAGUAGCAUUAUGACUAGAAUAGAUUUGAUGCAUCAGAAUUCAGGAGCAAGAAUUUCCAGGGCAUAUCAGGGGAGUAAAGUGCACAAAUAUAGUCCCAUCAGUUCUCUUUCCCCCACAUAUUGCUUUCACGCUAAUUGAAACACAAGAGAAGUUAUUAUCAGGCCAGAAGUUAGAACCCACGUCUUAUUAUCAACAAUGAUGUAGGUCUGUAGGUGAAGGGAGAAUUCCCAUCCUGUUGUACAGUUUUUUCAUCAGAUGUAACUAUCUGACUUGUGGCGAUUCAUUGUGUAGGCAUCUGAUUGAUGUACAGUUUAUCAUAUUCAACCUGUUGAGUUUCAGUUUUUUUACUUGUCUGCUGUUCUAAUAUCUUCCUUUUCUUCUUCCUUUGUGCGUUAAGUAAUGUUUCCAACAAAUCAUUUGCAGGAGUGCUAAAACAGCUCGCUGUUUUGGGAUUUGCCGCCUCAAGUUUCAUCUAGCUACCUCGAACAAAUCCUUCAAUCUCCAUGGCUACAUCGGACAAGAAAACAAGGGGCUAUGUUCCUUGGAAUGAUGAGAUGGAUAAGGUACUCCUCGAUACGUUUGUGGACUAUUACAAUAAAGGUGAUAGAUGUCAGAAUGGGUGGAAGUCUCAUGUAUACACAGCUGCUGUGAAGAAUGUUUGUGAGAAGUGCAAUGUCACCAUUACAAAGGAAAAUAUUAGCUCUCGCAGCAAGACCUUUGAUAAGCACUACAAUAUCAUUAAUGGUUUGUUGUCCACUAGUGGUUUUGGAUGGGAUUGGGAGAAGAACAAGCUCAAAGUUGAUAGUGACACCGUAUGGGAUGAGUAUGUUGAGAGGAAUAAGGAAGCAAAAGGAUAUAGACAUAAGGUUGUGAAGUUUUGGGAUCUACUGAGCCUAGUGUACAAUAAAGACCAAGCAAAUGGAGAGGGUGCUAAAACAGCAGCUGAAAGUUCAAAGGAAAUGGCAAAAGAGAAUGAUACCGGAGGCAAGGAUGCUCCAUAUUCUGUAUCUUCCUCGAGUAGUUUAAAAAGACAAAGAUCAGAUGAUCCAUUUAACUCUAUAUGGUGUGAUAAGUUUGACAUGCUUACAUCUGCAUUGAAAGAUGAUGGUCCAAAGCUACCCUCUUCCGCCGAAGUUCUCGCCGCAUUACAAGAGGUUGAAGGACUUGAUGAAGACACUGAACUUGAGCUUUAUGACAUCCUCACCUCUAAUGCACGCAAGUUUGAGUCAAUGAUGGCACUCCCAAUGGAAAGGAGGAAGAGGUGGCUUAUGAUGCAGCUAAGGAAGUGAAACAACUUAUAUGUGAACUUAGAUCUCUGUGUUGAACUGAUUGUGUGAACCUGUCUUUGUGAAACUUUUGUGUGCAAACUUGUUGGCUAUGUGAAACUGUUGUGUGCGAACUUGAUGGCUUUAUGAAACUGCUAUGUGAAGAUUUGAUGUAUUUGUAGAACUUUUAUGUGCGAAUUUGAUGACUUUGUGAAAUUGUUAUGUGUGACUUGCCUUUGUGGAACUGUUAUUUGUGAACUUAAUAGUUUCUGGUAGUUGUAAAUUGUUCAUGCUCAUUUUUAAGCAGAUGCAAAGUCAAGAGAUCCUUGUUUGUAUUCAAAUUCAAAUUCUGUGUGCAAAGUAUCCAAACAACAUCUAGAAUUUAAUUCUAGGAAUUCAAUUGCUUGUACAACCAAACAAAAAUAAUGGAAUUGAAUCACUUUCUAGUCGAUUGAAUUCU